GUAAGGUUGCUGGAGAUCAUCAUGGCCCAGAAGAAAGAGAAAGUAGUUGCAAUAUUAUAAGUUCGCGCAUUUCAUCUCUACUACGUGCCUUCCGUGAAGAAGCCGCGGAUCUGGUCCUGCGUCUGUUUUACGAGGAACUUCCAUUAAGGCUCAACUUUCAAUGGUCAUUGGAGUUGGUCAGUGAGAUCGAAGAGGCGACCCCUUGAGAGAACAGGGGAAAACGAAGGGAAAGGGGAGAACUUUGAAGGGGGUCCCUUCCGUUCAGAGUCAGUGACCAUUGAAGGCUGAGCUUUAAUUCCAGCAGUUUUGGUUCAGUCAAGCCCAAAGGAGCAAUAUUACCUGAAAUUUCCCUGGCAGAUGGACG